AUGUUUAUAUGGCCUAUGAUGGGUCACAGUUGCCAUCAGUUGAGACAGUUGAGUUUCUCACACAAUUUUGUAGCCCAAACAAAACCGAUUCACCUAUUGUUACCGAUUGAUGGCGAUAAUAAUUACAAGAAAACAAUGAAAAUAAUUUUAGAUAAGACCUUUCAUACAAAGUGUAUGGGAAAGGCAGGUGAUAUAAGUAGGUUUACAAAAGUUGAUCUGACCAAGCACGAUUUAAAACAAAUGAUGAUUGAAUCUUGUGACGAGGCUUAUCAAAAAUGUUCGAGUGAGCUUGUAGAGUCGAGCAAAACAUUGCAAGAUGAGUUGAUAAAAAUUCACAAGUCCGCAGAUGAAAGCGAACACAAGAAAUAUAAGAAAUGCACUUUGGAUGUACUCAAGAAAUAA